AUGAGAAUGAAAUUGUUAAAACAGAAUGCGUGGGGCACGUUCAAAAGCGAAAAGGGAACCCGUCUUCGCGGAUGCAAAAAAAAUAAUCCUGGAAUUGGCGGCAAAAACAAAUUGACACCAAAGCUUAUAGAUAAACUGAGCAUUUACUAUUGUUUAGCUAUUCGUAGAAACUGUAACUCCAACGAUGACAUGAAAAAAGCGAUAUGGGCAACAUUCUUCCAUUACAGCUCAACAGACAGCAAGCCUCAGCAUCAUUUCUGUCCAGAAGGCCCCGAAUCGUGGUGCAAGUGGCAACAAGCGAAAGCUACAAAUAAACUGAAAAAUUUCCGUCACGAUUAUGCUGCAUUGCCAAAAGAGGUGUUAGAUGUCAUUAAACCAAUAUACGAAGACCUCAGCAAUGACAAAUUGUUAGAACGCUGUGUUGGCGGAUAUACCCAAAACUCCAAUGAGAGCUUCAACCAACUGAUUUGGAAGUUAGCUCCAAAAAUGAUGAACAGCGGGGCCGAAAUCGUUAACAUUGCU